CUGGUCUGAAGCAUAAUCCAGAAUGAAGCGCUUUUUGCUGGUGGCGAGUCUUCUCGCCUUGGGCCUUGUGAGAGCUGACGAUGAAAGAGCAGAGACUGUCGAGAAGGACGACGCUCGUCUGAAGCGUGCAGCAUGGUAUACGACAACGGCCUUCCCGUCGUGGAACACGGAUCAGUCUGUCAAGUCCACAACACCCUACCCGUACAAAUCUUCUACAACCAAACGGAGUCAAGCACGGUAUACGACAACGGCCUUCCCGUCGUGGAACACGGAUAAGUCUGUCAAGUCCACAACACCCUACCCGUACAAAUCAUCUACAACCAAGAAACCUUGGUGGAAACGCGGCAAGCGGCAAGCAUGGUAUACGACAACGGCCUUCCCGUCGUGGAACACGGAUACGUCUGUCAAGUCCACAACACCCUACCCGUACAAAUCCUCUACAACCAAGAAACCUUGGUGGAAACGCGGCAAGCGGCAAGCAUGGUAUACGACAACGGCCUUCCCGUCGUGGAACACGGAUAAGUCUGUCAAGUCCACAACACCCUACCCGUACAAAUCAUCUACAACCAAGAAACCUUGGUGGAAACGCGGCAAGCGACAAGCAUCAGAUUACACCGACAACCCCUACCAAUAUAUGACCACCCAGUACCCGGAUUAUCUAACUACAAGCGGAUACACGUACACCGACAAUACUUACAACCCCUACCAAUAUAUGACCACCCCGUACCCGUAUUACCAAACCACAACCGGCUACCCGUACACCGACAAUACUUACAAUCCCUACCAAUAUAUGACCACCCCGUACCCGUAUUACCAAACCACAACCGGCUACCCGUACACCGACAAUACUUACAACCCCUACCAAUAUAUGACCACCCCGUACCCGUAUUACCAAACCACAUCCGGCUACCCGUACACCGACAAUACUUACAAUCCCUACCAAUAUAUGACCACCCCGUACCCGUAUUACCAAACCACAUCCGGCUACCCGUACACCGACAAUACUUACAACCCCUACCAAUAUAUGACCACCCCGUACCCGUAUUACCAAACCACAUCCGGCUACCAGUACACCGACAAUACUUACAAUCCCUACCAAUAUAUGACCACCCCGUACCCGUAUUACCAAACCACAUCCGGCUACCCCGCUUAUCCCAACGAUGGAUACAGUGGUAAAGCGGGAACAAAGGCCCAGCUGGUGAACGAGGUGCAGAAGCUGCUGCAGGAGGCUCAGGGUGCCUUGAGUGACGCUCAAUCAGCAGCGGACUAUGCGAAGCAGGUGAAGGGGGAAUUCACGGCUUGAAGACACAAGGCGACAGCAGACGCCCGACGCAAGAUAUGGACUUGACGAUCACACCCAAUUCGCAGAUACACACUUGUUCUAAAUGGCUGAUAAUAAAACGUUCAUCUCUAA